GAGCCGAGUGGACAAUGUCACUGCUGCGGUGCCAGGCUGAAUGGGAAGAGUUGGAUAAAGAAUUCAAACAGCUGCAGGAAACACACAAAGUAUAUAGACAAAAACUUGAUGAACUUUCGAGCCUUCAAAUUAUAUGCAGCAACUCGAUAAAUAAACAAAAAAGAAGAAUAAAAGAUCUUGCGUGCAAUCUCCGAAGGUAUAAACAUUCUGCUAAUGUAGAAGAAGCUGAAGUUAUACAGAAAUUUAACAAUGAUAUCAAAGAGCGACGCAAUGUUUUCUUUGAAAUGGAAGCAUUCUUGCCCAAGAAGAAUGGGCUAUACUUGAACUUGGUGCUUGGAAAUGUGAACGUGACGCUUCUCAGCAAGCAAGCUAAGUUUGCCUACAAAGACGAAUAUGAAAAAUUCAAACUUUAUUUGACCAUCAUCUUGUUACUUGGUGCAAUAUCUUGUAUGUUUCUUCUGAAUAGGGUAAUUGAUGAAAUCUUUAAUUUUCUGCUGGUCUGGUAUUACUGCACAUUAACAAUAAGAGAGAGUGUGCUCAUCAGCAAUGGAUCAAGAAUCAAGGGCUGGUGGGUGUCUCAUCAUUAUGUGUCGACGUUUCUCUCCGGGGUAAUGUUAACAUGGCCUAAUGGGUUAAUGUAUCAGAUGUUUCGCAGCCAAUUUCUAGCAUUUUCCAUUUAUCAAAGUUGUGUACAGUUCCUGCAGUAUUAUUACCAAAGUGGCUGUCUUUAUAGGUUGAGGGCCUUGGGGGAAAGAGAUCACAUGGACCUUACAGUAGAAGGAUUUCAGUCAUGGAUGUGGAGAGGUUUAACUUUUCUUCUUCCGUUUCUUUUCUUUGGUCAUUUUUGGCAAUUAUAUAAUUCGGUAACACUUUUUGGACUCGCGCAACAUGAGCGGUGCAAGGAAUGGCAAGUUUUUGUCCUGGCUCUCACAUUCCUGGUGCUCUUCCUUGGGAACUUUCUUACUACCCUUAAAGUUGUCCAUCAAAAAUUUCAGAAAAAUAAAGAUAAACUGAAGAAGCUAUGAAUAUAUGAAAGUUGCUAAAAUAACAUUGAGGAACAUGGCAACAAUAUUCCUAUUUUGUGUGUGCUCUUAUGUGAUGGUCUGAACACUUGCACAUUGAGGUUGGAUUUGCAACUGUUGCACAAAUGUUUAAGAAAUCUGAUGCUAGCUGCAUUCUGAACUCAAAUUCUUUGAGGAAAUGACAAUGCUAAUUUACUUUGAAUAUCGAUGUAUAGAUUUAAAAUUAUUGUCCUUUUAAAUAGUUUGUUGAAGAUUAAUUUCAGUGUUAUUAUUUCAAACUACCUUGAGAAAUGUUACCAUUCUUGAUGUGAUUUAUUUUAUCAUGGACCUUUUCUGAAAAUUAUGUUGAUGAGGUGGGCAGGUGACAGAAGAGGAUAUGGACCUGUAGAGUAAAUGUUUCUCCAUGAUCAGUUAUUUGAUUAAAACGUUAUCAUGUUUUGAUAAGAGAUAUCUAGUUUGUGAAAUUCUGCAAUGUAAAGAUGGGGAAAUAAAUUUUGAUAAAAAGUUCAUCUGAACUCGCCAACUAAAAAGAUUGUCCUCCAGUUAAAAGUUUAAUACUGCGCCAUUUAAAAUACAAAGCAUAAUAUUCCUAUAAAUUCUGAAUGUGUUGUCUGUUCAGCUCUUGUAGAUGUUAUAUUAAUAUCAAGUGAAUGUGUAUUACAAUAUUGAAUUAUUUAAUUUAAUUGAUAUUGUGUGCAUAAUAUAAAUUUUUAAAAUAGUCAUUCAUUCACCCUUCCUCUUUGUUUAUUGAAUUAUUUGCUUGAAUUUUGAUUUAAAGACAAUUUUCCCAAUUCCAUGCACCAUCUUUGAUGACCCUCUCAGAUAAAACAACUUACCUAUGAAUACCACUGCCACUCUUUUUAAUUUAGCUAGUUGCAUUUGCAAAGCAUGACUCAGAAUAACUCUGAUCUUUCAGUCUCACUGUAUACAGGGGAAGUGCCUGGGAUCCAUUUAAUGCUUAUGCUUGAUGGAACAUCUCCAGGAGAGAAUCCAUGAGGUUGGAUUGUGCGCGAACCUAUGUUGCACUACUUUAGUGAAAAGGUUGACUUGUUGGAUGAAUUAAGAUUUUCUUCUAAUUGACAACAUUUUGUAAAUAAUGCUGGGCACAUUAAGACACCAGUGUGUUCUCAGACUGAGAUAUCUCUUUAUUUAAUCACAAACAACUACCAAUGUUAAUAAAUUGCCCAAUGUUGUUUUUUUUUUAACUUCGUUAUUCCAUUUGCUCUUCUCUUCUACUGGUCUAAGUAUUUGUGUGUAAAAUUCUGUGAUAUACUCUGUAUUUAUAUGUAAUGUUAAGAUCAUUAAAACCCAUUAGUAUACCUCGCUUAAUGUUCUUGUAAAACAACAAAUGUAAUUCCCUUUUUACAAAAAGGUAAAGUUUUACAUUUCAAUCA